GGCGGAGGCGGAAAGGGACCAGGCACUGAUCGCUGCGGAGAGGCGUGCGAAGGCCAAGUCGAGCCCCGAGGACCCUGCUGCCCCGGCCCGGCCGCCAGCCACAGCCCUCUCUCUGGCAGCGGCGGCUGCGCGGCGACCCCCCAUCCCUCCACCGCCCCUGCCCACCCCACCUCCCGCAGCCUUCCUCCUUUUCGCUUCACGCCCGGCCCGGCCCGGCCGCGGCCCUCCUCGGUGUCGGCAGCCAUGGCAGAGGCGUCCGGCGCGGGGGAAAUCUAGCCCGGGGAUUUCAUGCGGCCUAGCUUGGUUCCGUCUCCUCCCCCGCAGCCCCGGCGGCUGCCCGCACCCUAGCCCCACUCCGGGCCUCCGUGUCUCUCCUGUGAUCGUACUGACACGGCCGGGGGGUUAGAAUGGAACAAACUGAAGGCCCGAUGAGAGAAAGGGAAAGUUAAGGAUGCUGGAGCAGAACAAUGGAUUUCUCUUUCUCUUUCAUGCAAGGGAUCAUGGGAAACACAAUUCAGCAACCACCUCAACUCAUUGACUCCGCCAACAUCCGUCAGGAGGAUGCCUUUGAUAACAACAGUGACAUUGUUGAAGAUGGUGGCCAGACACCAUAUGAAGCUACCUUGCAGCAAGGCUUUCAAUACCCACCUACAACGGAAGAUCUUCCUCCACUCACAAAUGGCUAUCCACCAUCAAUCAGCAUGUAUGAAACUCAAACCAAAUACCAGUCAUAUAAUCAGUAUCCCAAUGGAUCAGCCAAUGGCUUUGGUGCAGUUAGAAACUUUAGCCCCACUGACUAUUACCAUUCAGAAAUUCCAAACACAAGACCACAUGAAAUUCUGGAAAAACCUUCUCCUCCACAACUACCACCUCCUCCUUCGGUACCACAAACUGUGAUUCCAAAGAAGACUGGCUCACCUGAAAUUAAACUAAAAAUAACCAAAACUAUCCAGAAUGGCAGGGAAUUGUUUGAGUCUUCCCUUUGUGGAGACCUUUUAAAUGAAGUACAAGCAAGUGAGCACACAAAAUCAAAGCAUGAAAGCAGAAAAGAAAAGAGGAAAAAAAGCAACAAGCAUGACUCAUGUAGAUCUGAAGAGCGCAAGUCACACAAAAUCCCCAAAUUAGAGCCAGAGGAACAAAAUAGACCAAAUGAGAGGGUUGACACUGUGUCAGAAAAACCAAGAGAAGAGCCAGUACCUAAAGAGGAACCCCCGGUUCAGCCAAUAUUAUCUUCUGUUCCAACAACAGAAGUGUCUGCUGGUGUUAAGUUCCAGGUUGGCGAUCUUGUUUGGUCUAAGGUGGGAACCUAUCCUUGGUGGCCUUGCAUGGUUUCAAGUGAUCCCCAGCUCGAGGUUCAUACCAAAAUUAAUACAAGAGGUGCCCGGGAAUAUCACGUCCAGUUUUUUAGCAACCAGCCAGAGAGGGCAUGGGUUCAUGAAAAGCGAGUACGAGAGUAUAAAGGCCAUAAACAGUAUGAAGAAUUAUUGGCUGAAGCAACCAAACAAGCCAGCAAUCACUCUGAGAAACAAAAGAUUCGGAAACCCCGACCUCAGAGAGAACGUGCUCAGUGGGAUAUUGGCAUUGCCCAUGCAGAGAAGGCAUUGAAAAUGACCCGAGAAGAAAGAAUAGAACAGUAUACUUUUAUCUAUAUUGAUAAACAGCCUGAGGAGGCUUUGUCCCAAGGGAAAAAGAAUGUUGCCUCCAAAGCCGAAGUUAAGAAAACCCGAAGACCAAGGUCAGUGCUGAAUACCCAGCUGGAACAGACCAAUGCAGGUGAGGUGGCCUCCUCACUCUCAAGUACUGAAAUUCGGAGACAGAGCCAAAGGCGGCACACAAGUGUGGAAGAGGAAGAACCACCUCCUGUUAAAAUAGCCUGGAAAACGGCCGCCGCAAGGAAAUCUUUACCAGCUUCUAUUACAAUGCACAAAGGGAGCCUGGAUUUGCAGAAGUGUAACAUGUCUCCAGUCGUAAAGAUUGAACAAGUGUUUGCUCUUCAGAAUGCUACAGGAGAUGGGAAAUUUAUUGAUCAGUUUGUUUAUUCUACGAAGGGAAUUGGUAACAAAACAGAAAUAAGUGUCAGGGGACAGGACAGACUUAUAAUUUCUACACCAAACCAGAGAAAUGAAAAGGCAACUCAGAAUAUAUCAUCUGAAGCAACAUCUGGUCCUACAGGCUCAGUAGAAAAGAAGCAACAGAGAAGAUCGAUUAGAACUCGUUCUGAAUCAGAGAAAUCCACUGAGGUUGUGCCAAAGAAGAAGAUCAAAAAGGAGCAGGUUGAAACAGUUCCUCAGGCUACAGUGAAGACUGGAUUACAGAAAGGUGCCAGCGAGAUUUCAGAUUCCUGUAAACCUCUAAAGAAAAGGAGUCGCGCCUCAACUGAUGUAGAAAUGACUAGCUCAGCAUACAGAGACACAUCUGACUCCGAUUCUAGAGGACUGAGUGACCUGCAGGUAGGCUUUGGAAAGCAAGUAGAUAGCCCUUCCGCUACUGCAGAUGCAGAUGUUUCUGACGUGCAGUCCAUGGAUUCAAGUUUGUCAAGAAGAGGCAUUGGAGUCAGUAAGAAGGACACUGUGUGUCAGAUCUGUGAAAGCUCUGGUGACUCUCUGAUUCCUUGUGAGGGAGAGUGCUGCAAACACUUUCACCUGGAGUGCCUGGGAUUGGCAUCAGUCCCUGAUGGAAAGUUCAUCUGCAUAGAAUGUAAAACUGGACAGCACCCAUGUUUUUCAUGUAAAGUGUCUGGUACAGAUGUGAAGCGUUGCUCUGUUGGUGCUUGUGGGAAAUUUUAUCAUGAAGCCUGUGUCCGCAAAUUCCCCACUGCCAUCUUUGAAUCAAAAGGAUUCCGCUGUCCCCAGCACUGUUGCUCUGCCUGUUCCAUGGAAAAAGAUAUCUACAAAGCAAGUAAAGGUCGCAUGAUGCGAUGUUUGAGAUGUCCAGUAGCCUAUCACUCUGGAGAUGCUUGCAUUGCUGCUGGCAGCAUAUUUAUAUCCUCCUACAAUCUCAUCUGUAGUAAUCAUUCCAAACGGAGCAGCAGUUCUUCCUCUGCCAUAAAUGUAGGCUUUUGUUUCGUUUGUGCAAGAGGGCUGAUAGUUCAGGACCAUUCAGACCCCAUGUUCAGUUCAUAUGCCUAUAAGUCCCACUACCUACUGAAUGAAUCAAAUCGUGCAGAGUUGAUGAAAUUACCUAUGAUUCCUUCUUCGUCAGCUUCCAAAAAGAAAUGUGAGAAAGGUGGAAGACUGCUCUGCUGUGAAUCGUGCCCAGCUUCAUUCCACCCGGAAUGCCUAAGCAUAGAAAUGCCAGAAGGCUGCUGGAAUUGUAAUGACUGUAAAGCUGGCAAGAAACUACAUUACAAGCAGAUUGUUUGGGUCAAAUUGGGAAAUUACAGAUGGUGGCCAGCAGAGAUCUGCAAUCCCAGGUCUGUGCCACUGAACAUCCAGGGCCUUAAACAUGACUUGGGGGAUUUCCCAGUGUUCUUCUUUGGUUCUCAUGACUACUACUGGGUACACCAGGGCAGAGUGUUCCCUUAUGUUGAAGGAGACAAAAGCUUUGCUGAGGGACAGACUAGUAUUAACAAGACCUUCAAAAAAGCACUGGAAGAAGCUGCAAAACGUUUCCAGGAAUUGAAAGCACAAAGAGAAAGCAGAGAAGCACUAGAGAUUGAAAAAAACUCAAGAAAACCUCCUCCUUACAAACACAUCAAAGCUAACAAAGUAAUAGGAAAGGUGCAGAUCCAUGUUGCAGACCUGUCAGAGAUUCCCCGCUGCAACUGCAAGCCAGCUGAUGAAAACCCCUGUGGCUUGGAGUCAGAGUGCCUGAAUAGAAUGUUGCAGUAUGAGUGCCACCCGCAGGUGUGCCCUGCUGGAGAGCGUUGCCAGAACCAGUGCUUUACAAAGAGGCUCUACCCUGAUGCAGAAAUCAUCAAAACAGAGCGAAGAGGCUGGGGCCUCAGGACCAAAAGGAGCAUUAAGAAGGGCGAAUUUGUAAAUGAAUAUGUUGGUGAAUUAAUUGAUGAAGAAGAAUGCAGAUUGCGAAUCAAGCGAGCCCACGAGAACAGUGUAACUAAUUUUUAUAUGUUAACUGUUACGAAGGACCGUAUAAUUGAUGCUGGCCCCAAAGGAAAUUACUCUCGCUUUAUGAACCACAGCUGUAAUCCAAACUGUGAAACACAAAAGUGGACAGUGAAUGGAGAUGUUCGAGUUGGACUGUUCGCCCUUUGUGAUAUUCCUGCAGGGAUGGAGUUAACAUUUAAUUAUAACCUGGAUUGUCUGGGCAACGGCCGAACGGAGUGCCACUGUGGGGCAGAAAACUGUAGCGGCUUUCUGGGGGUGCGGCCAAAGUCAACAUGUGUGUCAACGACCGAAGAAAAGGCCAAAAGUACUAAGUUAAAGCAGAAGAGGCGAAAAAUCAAAGCAGAACCAAAGCAGAUGCAUGAAGAUUACUGUUUUCAAUGUGGAGAUGGUGGGGAGCUGGUCAUGUGUGACAAAAAAGACUGUCCCAAAGCGUACCACCUCUUAUGCCUUAACCUGACUCAGCCACCAUAUGGAAAGUGGGAAUGCCCGUGGCAUCAGUGCGAGGAGUGCAGCAGUGCUGCGGUCUCCUUCUGUGAGUUCUGCCCUCACUCGUUUUGUAAAGAUCACGAGGAGGGUGCCCUGGUUCCCUCUGCUCUGGAAGGCCGUCUCUGCUGCUCGGAGCACGACCCUGCAUCUCCUGUGUCGGCAGAGUACUGGAGCAAGAUCAAAUGCAAAUUGGAAUCACAAGAUCAUGGAGAAGAACUGAAAGAAUAAAUGGGCGGUGAUUUCUUUUUUUUGCUUUUUAUUGAGAUAAAAAAAAGGAAAAGGAGCAAGGGACUCGAUGGCACUGGCACAUUAGUGGGAGAGGAGCUGCUGCCGUGCGCACAGCCUUCACCCCCGCCCCGCCUUAUUGACGUGCUGACGGGGAGCCAGUGGGUGCAGGCAGAAGCAGUGGGUGGUAUCUGUUUUUCUGUUUUCUUGGGUUGGGGAUUCUUUUGUGGCGGGCCAAAUUCCCUUGGUCUUCUCUUGCCUUUUAUUACACUUCCAUGCCUUUGCAGCUGGAAAAAGAGAUGUCUUCACUUUUAAAAUAAGAACAAAGAGAAAAGAAAUUUUGUUAAUGAGAUUAAUUUAAAGCCUAGGAUGUGUUCCUUGGGUGUAAAAAGCAAAAGUAGCCCUCAUUCCUUUAUUUAUUUUCAUUUUUUAAAAAAUUUGGAGAAGUGUAGUUCAGAUAGUCUAUUCAGUGUACGUGUGUGUGUGCAUUUUAAGUAGCAGUUGGAGCAAGCCCUCUAGAAAAGGCUAUGAUGAUCUUUAUAUACCUCUUUGCUGAGCAGUAGGUAGGCUAACUUCUCUUUCCCUUCCAAAUGUUUUUCAUAAUCCUAGAGAAGGGCUCUGUGGGAGUACUGAAUCUGGCCUCUUGAAAACAAAAUGCCUCAGUGGAUUUUUACCUCUGUGGUCUUAACCUAGGUGGGCUUUAUGAUGUGAUAAUUUUACUUACAAAGGUAUAUGAUGUGGUUUUCGGUUUUGGAGAAAAACAGAAAUGGGUGCACUCACUGAGUUUGAAAUGUUUUCCAUUGACAGUGAACAUUUUUGAUGAAGCGUGUUUAUGUGGAUGUGAAUGCAGUUAGAAUGGUCAUCCCUGUUGCCCUGACACAUGAACAGAGGCAGCUAGAGGGAGACAAAGGCCCAGACCCAAAGUUGGAUCAUAACGACUGCCAUCCCCCAUGCAGUGUAAUGGAGCCCCUUGUCCAACCUCGGGGGCUGUCCUGUCUCUGUUCCCCUCUCCUAAUCAAACAUUCCCAUUGUCAGCUGCUUGCCCAUUCAGCCAGGUUUCCUGGUGAAAAUGAUACAAGCGAAUUGAAGUUGUAUCUGAGUCAGUCUUUUGGUUUAGUUCCUCAUUUGGGGGGUGGAAGGGGUAGGGGCAUCCCCUGCUCAUAUGUAAACAAUUUCUAUUUAGUAUUAUCUACUAACUAAAACUGCCCCCAGGAGGGAGGGGAAGCACUUCUACAGAGUAUAUCAGAGCCACACAAACACACUUCAUCUGAGGAAGCACUUAGGGAAGUUCCCAAGGAAGCAGUAUUAGCAAAAAUGGUUGGUUGUGAUGCUUGGAUAUCAUAGAUGCAAGUGUGCCAAGAUGUCUGCCCACAAAAUUCACUUGCAUUUAAUGCUUAAGAAUAUGUAUUUUCCAGUAUUCCUUGUAUGAGUAAUUAGUAACUUCAGGCUUUGUUGUGGCACUGUACUAAGUAGAAGUCUAGGGCUAGCUUGAAUGGAUGUUAACUUUCUCUGUGAAUUUUGACUGCUUACAAUUGCUGGUACCUGGUGGCAUUUAUUUUCCCUUAAGAAGUACCGAGGAACCUUAUGAAGGUAGAGAGGGUAGAUGCUCGGCCACAUUCCUUCCGUUGUGUUGCGUGUGUUCCUUUUUUCUUAUUAAUUUAGACUUCUUCUCUAGAAAAAGGAAGAAAAAAAGUUGUGCCUCUCCUUUUUUAAUGUAAAUGUGCAAUUGUACUGGAUUUUCUCUUGUAAAAAAAAAAAAAAGCAUAAAACAAAACAACAACAAAAAAGCACCACACUACAGUUCCUUUACUUAAGCUCCUAAACUGCCAUUUGCCUGAUUCCAGCAAUUAAUUCUGAGGUAACUUACUGGGCCUCCAGGAAUUAUCUUGAUUAAAUAUGAUCCCAGGAGAAAGAGCAAAAUGGAAAAUGCUAUGCAUGUUACCAAAUCGAACAUGCAGCACAGCUCACCAAAACACUAGACUUUGCUCUUGAGCAAUUAUAUAGUUUGAUAGCCUUUUAAAAAAUAAUUUAAGAAAAUCUAGGUUUUAUCAUACUAAGACUUUAUUUUAUAUAUAUGUGUGUGUGUGUGUAUAUAUAUAUGAGAUAAAUGUUUGCUUUUUUAAAAACUAACAUGAAGGAUUUCCUUUAACAUUUGAAAUGUAACUCUUGUUGAAACCGUACCCACAUGAAAUCUUAUCUCCUUGUUUUGGACUGAAUAAUCUUUACUAUCCGAUGACUUUUCUAUGGUAAGCCAGGGUACAUCCUCUAUACUUAAAAAUAUCAUAGGUUUCAAUAUUUUUAUGCAGCUUCUUCAUCGUGUCACAUUUUGUUUGCGUAUCUAGAGCAGCUCUGCUGAGAUUUUUUUUUUAAUCUUUUUUGGGGGGUUGGGGGGCACCCAGUAGGAUCAUUCUGCCAUUUCAGAAAUGAUUACAAACCAAAACAGCUAACCACAGCUCUGGAGUCUUCGUCCCUGAGUGCUCUGCAAUGGUCCAAACAGCGGUUUUCGCCCUGCUGGAACCCAGGAACUCUCCUCACACCUCCACGGUGUCACCACCUACCUAGUUUAUGUAUUUUCAAGUCACAGGCUAUGGAGGCAGCGAGGGAGGGGGAAAGUUGUGCUUUCUGUGUACAUAGCAUAUAUGCCCUGUGCCCGGCUGCCCUUCAACGAAAUCAUCCAGAAGACGUGUUACUCUCUCAUAGUCCAUAGUUGGUAUUUGUUAACUUUUAAAUCUGUAUGUGGUCAGAGCAUAAAUAGUUGGUUUUGAUUCUUGUCCAAAAAUGAAAUGACUUAAAGCAGCAUGGGAUAAUGGUGGUGUUUUGUUUCAUAUUUUUUUUUUAGCCUCAUGUUAAUUCUUUGGAAGAAGUGAAUGUAAAGUUUUGGAUAAUCAGCAUAAAACUUCAGAAAUCAGAUCAGUAACAACUACAGAGGAAAUCCUGGGCAGCCUUCCAGGCAUGUGUGGUGCAUGAAGGGGCUGGCCCACGGCUGGCACUGCAAGGAGGAGGGCUGCCCAGAGCCAGCUCUAGUGGGGUGGCCCGCCCUUCCUCCCUGGAAGGCCCAAGCAGCUGGAGGAAGUGAUUCACUUCUUUAAUAUCUAAUCAAGGCUAGAGUCAGGAGGGAAGUGGGUUUUAUUUCCGUUUUUAACAAGUUCUUACUCUACCUUAAUUCUCAAAACUGAUCUGGUCUAAGCUGUAGAAUAGGCUUUUAGAAUCACUGAACCUUGGAGCUAUCAGUGUGUGUUCAAGUCAGGAACAUACGUAAAAAGUAAACUAAAAAUAAUAAUAAUGGGGUGGGGGGGGUGGCUCCAGCUCCCUUCUGCCAUUUCCACAUAAUCUUUGGAAACAUGAUUAUAAAUCAUGUUUUGAAAUUUUGAGAGAAUCAUGGAAAGGACUCUCAGAGACGGCAGGUUGUUAGGCAGGUUUCUUUCCUGCCUCAUGAAGUUGGGUUUUGUUGUGGCCUCGUUAUACGGUCUGUGCUUCCGUCAGGGUCAGAGCUGCAGUGUGGACGGCAGGGAGCAGCCCUGCGGAACGAACCGUCUGGGCACUCCGGCUUCGGGCCAGGCCGGGCCUCCCAUUCAUUCUUAAGUGCAAAGCUCUUCCUCUAGUGUUGACCUUGAAGGGGAGGUGCUGCUGCAGGUCCCACCAGGAGGAGUGGACAGGUGGGCUUGGGGAGCCUACAUUCCCUGCACUUCGGUCAGGGGAGGUAUGAUGACUCUGGCUGAUGUGUCCAGCCGCCUGGGCUUCGAGCUGCCGCAGACGCAAAGUGACCGUUUGGAACGAUUUCCGUCAGCCUAGGGCCACCUACGGUCGGUCCCCGGUCGUCUGUAAACCAAGAGUAGGACUCGCUUGCAUUUUCAGGCAAGCAGGGAACAGAUAUAAUUAGACGGCUUUGCCGUGUGUGCGUGAAUAUUGAAAAGUUGGAGAUUUGUAUAUAGUGAAACCCACCAACUUUCCCCGGGGCGGGCAGCGGGAGCAGGGACGUUGGCACAGGGCGAGGGAGGGGGAUGUUCACCGCAGGUACGAAGUAGUCACUUUAACACUGAGACCUCUGCCUCAUCGAAUUCAGGUUUUUUAAGUACUUGAAACUCUUCCGAUUCCCCUUAUUUUACAGUUCUUAAGUUUGUGAAGUAGACAGCAUUGUUUGUAUACCAUUUUUGAAAACAGCCUCGUCUCUUGUCCUCUUUCGCUUGGGUUGAGGGCAGGGCUCUGCCCACGGGAGGGAGCGCCCCGGCAGGUAGCUCAGAUUUCCUGGACGCAUCCGAGGAGGAGACUCUUGCAUGAACUGCCAGCAGCUUUCUCAUGAGUAUUUCCUUUGUGCGUUCUCUACUUUGUCAUUUUGUCAGCCCUGUCCCCACACACCUCCUCUUCCCUUGUAAUAUAUAUGCCUGUGUAGGGAAAAAAAACAAAAAUUUGCACUUAACGUUACGCUCCUUGAACCGCGGGGUGUAAUCCGUGUGUCUCAGAAACCAUUUCCUUUCUUUUCCCCGUCAGUCCAUUGCUUAAGUGACAAGGUCAGGUGCUUGUGGCACCUACGUGUGAGGGGGCUGGUGGGGGGAGUGCGACCUGCCCUUCAGUGGCCUGUGAGAGUCAGUUACGUGUAAGAGAAAGGGAAAAGAUGAACAGUUGCCAAAGUCAUGUAUUCAGUCCUCAGUUUUCUUCCGUGACCUUCUACAUCUGCUCAUUGGCAAGAAAGCCCUCCAGGUGCCAGUGCUCCCCUCUCCUGCCUGCCACAGACCUCGACGUGUGCACAUGGCCCACGGCGUCGAUCAGACCACCGAGACGAGGUAUGUAUGAGGUAUUGUCAGGUUAGGAGUGGACUGGAUAAAAUUUACUUUUUCACUCUGUUGUCAUUAAUAUUGCUCUUUAUCUCAUUUGUGCUAUCACAUACCCUCUGUUAAAAAAAGAAAAUCACAUUGUCUCCCAUGACCAAGAUGCUAAAUAAUGAUUACAACUGGCUAAGAUCCUUUUUUCUAUACAAGGGUGUGUGCAUAAUUGGAAUUGAUAUAAGAAAUUCAUUUGUAACCACUUGUGAUAUUGCACAACAAACACAGAUACCUACAGAUUGUUUUCUUUUUCUUGUGAUCUUUAUCUAUAAUGACCUUUGUAGAUUGGUUAUUUCUGUACUUUGUUUAUCUGUAAUAAACUUUGUAGAUCCUGUGAAAUGUUAUUUUGCCUAAAUCACUUGAGACUUGAGUCUUUAAUAACAAAGCAUCAAUAUUCACUAAAGUCAAUCUCUUUUGAGUUUCUGUGACUUGGCUAGAAGCUCUUUGACACUAAGGGAUUAGUGUUCAUUUUCCCUGGGGGGCGUUCCACUAGGGCAUUACUGUAUAAUGACUUGAUGUUGCCACAUGACUUCAAGAUAUAUGAUAUUUUGGGGAUUUGUUGAUUGGCCUAUGUUUUACUGCAUAGUGUGAAACGUGUAAAGCUUGGUUAACCUGUAUAUAGAUAGCUUUAUUGUUGACUAGUUACAGCGUAUUUAGGAUUGCCUGUAAUUACUACUGUGUGUGCUGGUAGGAACAUACAUUUUUGUAUAUUAUAUUUACUGAGAUAUUGCCUUUUUUUAUUUUACAAAUACUUCGAAAUUCAGAUGUGUUUUUUGCUUCCGUGAGGAUUAAUUUGGAAAGCUUCUUAAUGACAUUCCACUGACUUCAGAUUUUGCUUGAGAUUGACUUCAAUAAAUUGUCCUGUAUGUUCCAAAUUAAA